AUGGACUACCGCCUCGUUCUCUUCCUCUACCGCAAGGAGGGCAUCACGCAUGCCGAGGAGCUCACCGGCUCUCUCUUCCCAUCCAUCCACUCGAGGCGCUACAUUGAGCGGUCGUCCGAAGGGCAACCCAAUGUCUUGAUCGGGGACAAGUCGGGACAAGAGUGUGACGCCGUGGUAGAGAUUGCGUUCAAGGAUGAAGAGGCGGCGCAAGCCUUCUUUGCUGCGACGAAUGCCGGAGAGACACAGCAGAGGUUGAGGAAAGAUACUGCACAAUUUUUGGACGGGGAGAAGCUGCGGAUGGUGAAGGUUGGCGAAGCCUUUGAAACCCAUAGAUAG